AUGCUUGUGUUGGGUCUGGCUCCUGAUAUUUUCACCUAUAAUGUGUAUGCAUCUGGCCCGUGUAAGCAAAAUAAUUCGGAGGAGGCAAUAAAGAUGCUGGCUUCUAUGGAGAAGCUGGGAUGUAGACCUGAUUUGACCACCUAUAGCACAAUCCUGGGCGCCCGUUGUGGGAGUGGGGAGUUGAAUCUGGCGAGAAAGAUGCAUAAAAACAUGAAAUUCAUAGGUGUGAAACUUAAUUCCUUGACAUACGAGGUUUUGAUUGUUGCUUGUCAUGAUAGUCAUGAAAUUGAUGAAGGUUGUGAUUUGUUGAGGGAGAUGAUCUUUUGCGGGUUGAGCAAGAGAGGUUUGUGGGGUAAAGCGGUCGAAUUGCUCACAGAGAUGGUUGGUAAGAACAUGACUCCUGGAUUCAGGGCUUGGGAAGCAAUUCUGCAAGGAUGUGCAGUGGCAUACAGUUUUGAAGUGAACUCUAUAGGAGCUGAUUCAUUCAAUUAUCGUGGAGUCGAUAAACCUUGUAAUUUAAUGUCGAAACCUCUUCUUCGUUUCUUAACAUUGCCUCGUGAUGAGGAUUGA